CACAAGGAUAGAUGGCAGUAGAAGAAAACAGCCCAGUAAAAGGCGAUGCUUAUCACGACACUAACAGUGGAUUGCUUUCUGUUCUCCCGCUGCUUCUAUGUAAUUUGAUAUCGCGAGAGUCUGUGGAAGAGCGGCUAUUAGAGAGAAUAGAUGAUGAAUUGAAACCCCAUUCUCCACAAUCAGAUGACAGAAGUAUAUUCCAGCAAAGGCUACAGUCGCUCAAAGAUCAGCUCAUUGGGCUUUCCCAAGAUGGAGCCCAGGAUGGCUUACAUAAACCAGUUGGUUUACCGGGAGGUUUGCGAAAAGAUGCAAAAAUAAAACUCGAUGCUAACAAAUCAAUCAUGCUUAACCUUAUGUAUGGAUCCAUGUACAAUGAGGCGUUGGCCAUGUACCAGGAAAGGCUUAUUCAAAUACUUGUAUUAAGUGAUGGCCCUGACGAUUGUGGGUUGCUUAAGAAGUUUAUCGAAACUCAGGAUUCCUCUAAUGCCAUUUUCAUAAAAGUAUCUGAUCCAACUCCCAAUCUAAAGGGGGAUCUGCUUAAUGAUCCAAUUUUGACCUCAGACUUGAAGAAACCACUCACAGUGUUUGAUAUUAGGUAUCAAUUACGCCAAAUUGGGUUGGAAUUGAAUAACGAUUGGAUUUUACAAAAAUUCGAGCCAACCAUCGGCAAGCUGCUGCUGCCGCCGCCCUCCAAAAGACUCAGACCGAACCCUUCAACCCAACACCUCGUUGAUGUGAAAACCUGGUAUUGCUCAUGUACUGUUUACCAGCUGUGUUACCACAAUGACUAUCGCAUGAAAUCAAUGGCUGAUCUCAUGUCCAAGAUGCCAGACUCCCCAGAAACCCAGAAAUUGCAAAAAAUCCUAAUUCCAGAAAUGAAAAACCUUCAAAAACUACCCUUGUGCGCCCACCUACUAGCGGUCUUGAUGCUCCUAUACAACUUCGAAGCCUACCCUAACUAUGAAAGAACCACUACAAACGAUAUCUUUGACAUACUUUAAGUUCGUUUGUGUAUUUUCA